AUGGUCACUUUCUUUCUCGUGUAUAGGGUUUCUGUGGAACGACUAAGGAAUUUAACCUUCUCCCAUUCAACUUGCGACAAGAAGACUUCUACGUUGGAUCGUGUUGUUGGGUACUAUGAGGCGUGGUCGGCUCGCCGUUCGUGCAACGCCUUCUGGCCAGAACAGAUUCCCAUGGGGGUUUACACACACAUCAACUUUGCUUUCGCGGCCAUUGAUCCUGUCACCUUUGAAGUGCGCCCCGACCAGACCCAAGAUCUUGCACUACUCAAGCGAGUGACAGAUUUGAAGACCCUGGAUCCUGAUCUCAAAGUCUUGAUCGCUCUUGGCGGAUGGACUUUCAAUGAUCCUGGGCCAACGCAAACAACAUUUUCUGAUAUUGCACGGUCAAAGAAAAACCAGCAGAAAUUCUUCAAAUCGCUUCUCAAUUUCUUGUCUACUUACAACUUGGAUGGUGUUGAUCUGGACUGGGAAUAUCCCGAGGCUGAUGAUCGUAAUGGCCGUCCUGAAGACUUUGCAAACUUUCCAACCUUCAUGGCCAACUUGAAGAGUGCCUUGGAUGGCUCUGGAGGACGAAAUGAGCUUUCAAUUACGCUCCCUGCAUCUUAUUGGUACCUUCAACAUUUUGAUAUUGUGAAGCUUGAACCUCACGUGAGCUUCUUCAAUAUCAUGUCUUACGAUUUGCACGGAAAAUGGGAUCUUGGGAACCAAUGGACUGGUGAGUAUCUCAAUGCGCACACCAACCUCACGGAGAUUGAUAAGGCAAUGGAGCUGCUAUGGCGCAACAAAAUUGAUUCCUCCAAGGUUGUUAUGGGUCUUGCAUUCUACGCCCGCGCAUAUACCCUUGUUGACUCAGGUUGUGUCAAGCCAGGCUGCCUUUUUGCAUCAGGCGCAAAUGAGGGAAAUUGCAGUCGUGAAGUGGGAAUCUUGUUGAAUAGUGAGAUUGACACAAUUGUCAAUGACAAGGAUCUCACCCCUACAUUCUACGAAGAUGCUGCCGUCGAGGUGCUCCAUUGGGAUGACCAGUGGUUAUCUUACGAUGACUCUAAGACCCUUAAGCUCAAGGUUGACUACGCACGUGAACAAUGCCUGGGAGGUGUCAUGGUUUGGGCUAUAAGCCACGAUACAAAAGAUGCGAAGUACUCUAAAGCACUGGGAGGGGUUUCUGAACGAACCCAAAAGACACUACCAGGCAUCUUCCAAGAGGAAUAUGCGGAUAUUGAACCUGAAGACCCCUACAUGACCAAAGUGGAGAACCACGCCCAGUGCAGGUGGUCCAAUUGUGGCGAUUACUGUCCUGCAGGAUGGUUAAUGAUGACUCGUGAUGAUGAUUGGAGCACCACCGCCAACGAAAUCAUGCUUGAUGAUACUGCUUGCACAUCUCCGCAUGCUCGAAGACUUUGCUGCCCACCCGGCGAAAAGGCCCCAAAGUGCGGGUUCUAUUCCUUCAGAGGCGGAAAAUGCGACGGCAGUUGUCCCUCCGGUUACCGUGAGGUUGGGUCACUCACGAGAGGUUGUCGACGUGGUUACCAGGCAGCUUGUUGUACCAUGGAAGAUGAUACCAAAAAGUUGUUAAACGCUACGAGGCUCUACGACAAUUGUGACUGGGCUACAAGUCCAGAAUGCAAUAGUGGAAAAUGCACCUUUGGCGGCUCAGCAUGGCCCACGGAAUUCGUCACUUCUACCACUGGUAGUGGCGCCGAUUUCUGUGAUAUAGACUACGACAAAUCCUACUGGGACGACGAUAUUUCCUUUUGGAGGUAUGUGUUUCAAAAGCGCAAAUACUGCUGUGAUAUAUCUGAUAAAAACUCCACCUGGGGCACAUGCACCUGGAGAGAUGAUAUUGAAACCUACGGCACAACUGGAAAGACGUGUAUGUCCGGCUGCAAAUCGAACGAGAUCAAAGUUGCACUGGAAGGAGGCGAAGAGUGCAUUGGCAAUGGUGGCGGAGCAAAAGCAUAUUGCUGUACAGGGACCUAUAAAGCCUCACAAAAAGUUCUCGUUCCCUCGCUGGCAGAAUAUGAGAAUGACCUUGCUGCUUGGGUGAAGGAUCCUGUUUGCGGUGCUUCCGGUGGUCUUAGCAAGAGACAACAGAGCGUCCUCAAAGAUACGCACUGGCUCGCAGUUCUCCAUAUUGCGCAAAAGCUGAUCCGAGGCGGCGCAACGGGGAGUGACACCAAAACAAUGACCUACACAAAAGAUAUGUGGGACAAGUAUCUAACGGAUAAAUGGGAGAAUUUGUCAAGUGAUAACAUCAUUGCCUGGACCAAUGACGAGGACAGAAACCCUGAUGCACAUGAAUAUAGCCCGCAGGAAUGGGCAUCUGAAAUCAUGUGCUCUUUGGAUGAAUACAAUGGGAUACUUGCGGACGAUUACAUGGACCCUGGGAAAGUCUGUGUGCUUGCUUGUCCGGUGGCCAACAACAAGCGAUCAGUCCGUUCUAAAGAUGGUCUGGUAAUACGCAAUAUCAGGCAGUCUGCGGCCGUGUUAUCAUCCACCGAAACAGCUGAGGGACAGCCAAACUGGGGAUUUAUUGUGGAAAGAAUUAUCGAUGGUUCGAUGCCAUUUUUCUAUGAAAUGGUCAUAUAUACUAACAGAGGAGAAAACAUUAUUGAGAUGGUCUGGGAACUUCCUGGUGAGGAAUACCGUGAAUAUCAGGACGAUAGAUGGGCAGUCUUCCAUUUUCAUUUCGAACAUCUGGCAGACCGUGAUGGUAUCAUGAGACCAGGAAUAUACGCCAUCAACGCUUUUCAUGCCCAGGCAUUCGAAAAUGAACAUCCACGCGCUCGCGUGGAUGGCAACAGACGGCAAACUCUCAACACGCGCGCCGAAAUUCUAAGAUGUGAAACUCAGAACGAGAGUAAUGCCGAAACGCUAUUCUGGUAUCCGGGAGACAUUCCCAACGCAUCCAUGCCAGACGAUCUCCCUACCUGGGCCCAGCGACUGACUCGGUUUGGAAAUUACUUGUGGGAUGAGGAUAUGAUCACUGCUGAGGCGUUUACUGCGGCAAACAGGGGUCAAUUGACUACUUCUGAGUAUGAGACGGGAGAUCCUACGUGUCCAUUGCGCGAGGAGUUUGGUUGGAAUGGUUACGACAGAAGCCAACCCUUUACGCCCGAUGGGCAAAUCCUAACGCAACCCAAUAACUAG